AUGAUCAGUGCUAUUCAGAAGCAGAAGUUGGUCCACAUUGUGAAUCGAGAUGCUGUGGCCUGGCUGACCAUCUCCUCUCCACUGGAAGCCCACAAGGAUAAUACCUUGGUGUAUCACAUGGUGGGUGUGGACGUGAGCUUUGAAAAUCCGAUGUUCGCUUGUCUGGAGAUGGAUUAUGAGAAUGCUGACAAUGACCCCACAGGGGAAGCAGCCGCCAACAUGCAGCAAACACUAACUUUUUAUGAGCUGGAUCUUGGGCUGAAACAAGUGGUGCGCAAAUACAGCGAGCCACUGGAGGAGCAUGGGAAUUUCCUGAUCACAGUUCCUGGCGGUUCUGUCAGUCCUGAAAGUAACAACCUGAUCAUUAUAGAGACCUAUCAUAAUGUGUACACAGAGGCCACCAAGGCCCAACGCAAGCAUCAGAUGGCAGAGGAAAUGGUGGAAGCGGCAGGAGAAUAUGAGAGAGAGCUUGCCGCAGAGAUGGCUGCAGCAUUCCUGAAUGAGAACCUGCCAGAGUCCAGCUUUGGUGCCCCCAAGGCUGGAAAUGGCCAGUGGGCAUCGAUUAUCUGUGUCAUGAACCCCAUCCAAGGAAACAUUUUGGACCUGGUGCAGCUUGAGCAGAACGGAGCUGCCUUCAGUGUGGCUGUCUGUCGCUUCAGUAACACCGGGGAUGACUGGUAUGUUCUGGUGGGUGUGGCCAAGGACCUUAUCCUGAAUCCAUGCUCUGUUACUCGCGGGUUGGUUUACACCUAUAAACUAAUAAACAAUGGAGAAAAGCUGGAGUCUGUGCACAAGAUAUCGGUUGAGGAGGUUCCCGCUGCGAUCGCUCCAUUCCAGGGGUGA